AUGAACCAAACACCUUUGCCGAAGUGGAAAUUUAUCCUACUGUUGACCGUUUAUGGAAUUAUCAUAGUUGCUGCCCUGUUUGGCAGCUAUUUCGUUCUAAGAGCGUUUCACAAAUCUCGCAAACUGCGAACAGCUUCCAACAACAUUCUGGUGAGUUUGUCCAUCGCCGACGGCUUACUAGCGAUUCCCAGCAUUCUUGAUAUCAUUCAGUUAAGCCUUGAGUAUAAUAGUGGGCAUCCUUCACGUAUUCUUAAAGACUUAAGCGGAACUUUCACCUUGCUUCUCCUUUCGGUCAUUGCUCUUCAUCUUACCUUGAUGAGUGCAGAACGGUUCAUCGCCAUCAAGUUUCCUUCAAGAUACCACACCGUGACCAAACGCCGGGCACGGAUCAUUUCCAUCAUGAUGUGGCUGUGGGCUAUGGUCGUUGUUGUAGCUCUUCCAGAGGUGCUUCAGAGGAUAUCAGGCCACGAAGAUUUGAGAAAAAUUUUCAGUACUACCUCCCAAGUGUUCCGCAUCAGAUGGCGUCUUGUAUUCACAGCUGCGUUAAUGUUUCUUGUCCCCCUGUUGAUCAUUUUAUGCACAAACGUGUACAUCUUCACGGUGUCCUACAAGCAGAGACAACAUGUCAGAGGUCGCGACACUCUAGCAAUGCCCAUCAUCAUACAUGACAAGAAAGUUGUCCGCCUUUUCAUCACUGUUGUAGCGCUGUGUCUGCUCAGUAUCAUCCCUAUGCUGGUUGUUACUACCCUCCGAGCCCUCUCUGGCAAAUCACUUGGAGGCUGCAAACAUCAAAUGCUACUGCAGAAUAUCGUCUACGACGUGGCCAUGUUUGUCAAUGCCAUAUUCAACCCUCUUAUCUUUCGAUGGAAAAUAAAGAAUUCAGAAACGUUUUUCGCACGAUGCUGA